CAUAUGCCCACGUGACCUCUAUGCUCUAACCCGGAAGCACUGUGUGCGCGUUUGUUGUUUUGAGACUUUCCUACUUCAAGACCACUCAUGUGUUGAAUUCGAUGGAGUCGUCAGAAGAGAAUACUGAUGCUGACCUGCAGUCUCAGAUCGAGGAGAUCGAGGCUCUUUCCUCCAUCUAUGGUGAAGAAUGGUGUGUGAUUGAUGAAGCUUCUAGAGUUUUCUGCAUCAGAAUAUCAGAUGACACCCAGAAGCCCACAUGGACGGUCUGUUUACAGAUCAUACUUCCUCCAGAUUACCCGAGCUCAGCGCCUCCAAUAUACCAAAUCAACGCGGCUUGGCUCCGGGGACCCGACAGAAGGGCCCUGUCCAACAGCUUAGAGGAGCUGUAUGUGGAGAAUACUGGGGAGAAUAUUCUGUACCUCUGGGUGGAGAAAAUAAGGGAAUUCCUCGCAGAAAAAUCACAAAGUGCAGAAGGACCAGAAACGGGGAAGACGAUGACGACGGAGGAAGAAGAGCACGACUACGACGAGGACGAUCUUCCAGACUACAGCGUUUUAAAACUGGCCGAUCAGUCGGCUCGGCUCUUCUCCGACGCUUCCGAUGAUGAAGAGCUGCUGCUGAUUAAACACGGAGAGACAAUCACAGAUAGACGGAGCACGUUCCAGCCUCAUUUGGCCCCAGUGGUGGCUCCUAAACAGGUUCAGAGGGUUCUGAAUAAUUUAUAUGAAAACAAGAAGAUUGCAAGCGCCACACACAAUAUCUAUGCAUACAGGAUCUACUUGGAGGAUAAAGACUCGUUCCUGCAGGACUGUGAGGAUGAUGGAGAAACUGCUGCGGGGGGGCGAUUGCUGCAUCUUUUGCAGAUCCUGGAUGUGCGUAACGUGCUGGUGGUGGUCUCUCGAUGGUACGGUGGGAUUCUGCUGGGACCCGACCGCUUUAAACACAUCAACAACUGUGCCAGGAACAUCCUCAUCCAGGAGGGUUACACAGACACUUCAGAGGAAACAUCCAAAGCUGGAGGGAAGAACAAAAGGUCCAAGGGCAAGAAGGCAAAGUGAACCCCCCCAACCCAACCCGGACCAGAUAAAGACUGGAAACUGGUUUCAGACUAAUACAGUUCAUGAUGAACUCCUAUAAUAGUGAUGUGUCUAGGAUUAAACACAUUGGUUUGUGUGUGCAAUCGAGUUUAAUGCUCUGUUGCUACGAAUUAUGGCACACUAAGUGCUCUGUGCUUUUGUCUUAUGAAUAAAGAUUUUUAUGAAUCACAAA